AUGAACCCCUAGUUUUGCUUUGAAAAAAAAAAAAAAAACAUUUUGUGUAACUCUUGACUGUGACUAAGUUCCUAAUACACCUGUUGGAACGAUCACUGACACAGUAUACCGUUUGAGAGGUACUUUUUUUGACCCAAUACUGGUGAUUAAAGAAGAGAGGUGUCUUGGUUUUUGUUUUUUUUUUUUUCUUUGAUCAUUAUGAACAUUGGCUUUUCACCCCUGAAGUGAAAAUGUUGAAAACUGAGUCUUCGGGUGAACGAACCACUCUCAGAAGUGCCUCUCCUCACAGGAAUGCAUAUCGAACUGAGUUCCAGGCACUGAAAAGUACCUUUGACAAACCCAAGUCAGAUGGAGAACAAAAAACAAAAGAAGGUGAGGGCUCCCAGCAGAGCAGGGGGAGGAAAUAUGGCUCUAAUGUCAACAGAAUUAAAAACCUAUUUAUGCAGAUGGGUAUGGAACCCAACGAGAAUGCUGCUGUCAUUGCCAAAACAAGGGGGAAAGGUGGACAUUCAUCUCCUCAGAGAAGAAUGAAGCCCAAAGAAUUUCUGGAGAAAACAGAUGGCUCAGUUGUUAAGUUGGAGUCCUCUGUUUCUGAACGAAUUAGUAGAUUUGACACAAUGUACGAUGGCCCUUCGUAUUCCAAGUUCACUGAGACUCGGAAGAUGUUUGAGAGAAGUGUGCAUGAAUCAGGACAGAACAACCGCUAUUCCCCAAAGAAGGAGAAAGCUGGAGGGAGUGAACCUCAGGAUGAAUGGGGAGGUUCCAAGUCCAACAGAGGCAGUACUGAUUCCUUGGACAGCCUUAGCUCCCGGACUGAGGCUGUCUCCCCAACUGUGAGUCAACUGAGUGCAGUAUUUGAGAACACUGAUUCUCCCAGUGCCAUCAUUUCCGAGAAGGCUGAAAACAAUGAAUACUCAGUGACUGGGCAUUAUCCCUUGAAUUUACCAUCUGUUACUGUUACAAAUCUUGACACCUUUGGCCACCUUAAGGAUUCUAAUUCCUGGUCUUCAAACAAGCAAGGUGUUGAUACAGAGGAUGCUCACAAGUGUAAUACAACUCCAGUACCAGACGUGGCUUCUAAAAGUACCUCUCUAGCUUCGAUACCUGCUGAAGAGAUCCAGCAGAGCAAGGAAACUGAGGACGCUACAAGUAACCAACAGACUCCCGACAGCAUUGACAAAGACAGUCCUGAAGAACCUUGUUCUGAAAGUAAGGCAAUGCCAAAGUCUGAAAUCCCUUCACCACAGAGUCAACCAUUAGAAGAUGCUGUAGCUAAUUUGGUUGGAAGUGAUGCAGCAAAGCAGCAGAAGAAAGAACUUGCAGGUGGUGAUUUCGCCUCUCCCGAUGCUUCUGCAUCCAGUUGUGGAAAAGAAGUACCUGAAGAUUCAAAUAAUUUUGAUAGUUCCCAUGUGUACAUGCACAGUGACUAUAAUGUGUACAGGGUGAGAUCCAGGUAUAAUUCAGACUGGGGAGAGACAGGCACUGAGCAGGAUGAGGAGGAAGAUAGUGAUGAGAACAAUUACUAUCAGCCUGAUACGGAAUACUCAGAAAUUGUUGGAUUGCCAGAAGAAGAAGAAAUCCCAGCAAAUAGGAAAAUUAAGUUUAGUAGUGCCCCUAUUAAGGUCUUCAACACAUACUCCAAUGAAGAUUAUGACAGGAGAAAUGAUGAAGUUGACCCUGUGGCUGCUUCAGCUGAGUAUGAACUUGAAAAGCGUGUAGAAAAGCUGGAACUUUUCCCAGUGGAACUAGAGAAAGAUGAGGAUGGUCUUGGUAUAAGUAUUAUUGGAAUGGGUGUUGGAGCAGAUGCUGGACUUGAAAAGUUGGGAAUAUUCGUCAAGACAGUAACAGAAGGUGGUGCUGCUCAACGUGAUGGCAGAAUACAAGUCAAUGACCAGAUUGUAGAAGUGGAUGGAAUCAGCUUGGUGGGUGUAACACAGAAUUUUGCAGCAACGGUUCUCAGAAACACCAAAGGCAAUGUCAGAUUUGUUAUUGGGCGGGAAAAACCAGGACAAGUGAGUGAGGUUGCCCAGUUGAUAAGCCAGACACUGGAACAGGAGAGGCGCCAGAGAGAGCUGCUGGAACAGCACUAUGCUCAGUAUGAUGCCGACGAUGAUGAGACAGGAGAAUAUGCCACAGAUGAAGAAGAAGAUGAGGUAGGACCUGUUCUGCCUGGCAGCGACAUGGCCAUUGAAGUCUUUGAGCUACCUGAGAAUGAGGACAUGUUUUCUCCAUCAGACCUGGACACAAGCAAGCUCAGUCACAAGUUUAAAGAGUUGCAAAUCAAACAUGCAGUUACAGAAGCAGAGAUUCAAAAAUUGAAGACCAAGCUGCAGGCGGCAGAAAAUGAGAAAGUGAGGUGGGAACUAGAAAAAACCCAACUCCAACAGAACAUUGAAGACAAUAAGGAAAGAAUGUUGAAGUUGGAAAGCUACUGGAUUGAGGCCCAAACGUUAUGCCACACAGUGAAUGAACAUCUCAAAGAGACUCAAAGCCAGUAUCAGGCCUUGGAAAAGAAAUACAAUAAGGCAAAGAAAUUGAUUAAGGAUUUUCAACAAAAAGAGCUUGAUUUCAUCAAAAGACAAGAAGCAGAAAGAAAGAAAAUAGAAGAUUUGGAAAAAGCACACCUUGUGGAAGUGCAAGGCCUGCAAGUACGGAUUAGAGAUUUGGAAGCUGAGGUAUUCAGGCUACUGAAGCAAAAUGGGACUCAAGUUAACAAUAAUAACAACAUCUUUGAGAGAAGAACAUCUCUUGGUGAAGUCUCUAAAGGGGAUACCAUGGAGAACUUGGAUAUCAAGCAAACAUCCUGUCAAGAUGGCCUAAGUCAAGACUUGAAUGAAGCAGUCCCAGAGACAGAGCGCCUGGAUUCAAAAGCACUAAAAACUCGAGCCCAUCUCUCCGUGAAGAACAGACGCCAGAGGCCUUCUAGGACAAGACUGUAUGAUAGUGUUAGUUCCACAGAUGGGGAGGACAGUCUAGAGAGAAAGCCUUCAAACAGUUUCUAUAACCAUAUGCAUAUUACCAAAUUACUUCCACCUAAGGGUUUGAGAACCUCUUCUCCAGAAUCAGAUUCUGGUGUUCCACCCCUCACCCCAGUGGCUAGCAAUGUGCCCUUCUCAUCUGACCACAUAGCUGAAUUUCAAGAAGAACCGCUGGACCCAGAAAUGGGGCCUCUCUCCUCUAUGUGGGGAGACACUUCACUCUUUUCUACUUCAAAGUCUGAUCAUGAUAUAGAAGAAUCUCCUUGCCACCACCAAGCCACCAACAAGAAAAUAUUACAAGAAAAAGAUGAUGCCAAAGAUCCCAAAUCACUAAGGGCAUCCAGUUCGUUGGCGGUACAAGGAGGAAAAAUUAAGCGGAAGUUUGUGGACCUGGGGGCACCUUUGCGAAGGAAUUCAAACAAGGGAAAGAAAUGGAAAGAAAAAGAAAAAGAAGCCAGUAGGUUUUCUGCAGGUAACAGGGUCUUCAGAGGCAGACUGGAAAACUGGACACCCAAGCCACGUUCAGCAGCUCAGACCUCCACUCGUUCCCCUUGCAUGCCUUUCUCAUGGUUUAAUGACAGCCGGAAAGGAUCCUAUUCCUUCAGGAACCUGCCUGCACCUGCAAGUUCCCUUCAGCCUUCUCCUGAGACUCUAAUUUCAGAUAAAAAGGGGUCCAAGAAUUUUACCUUCAAUGAUGACUUCAGUCCCAGCAGUACCAGCUCGGCAGACCUCAGCGGCUUAGGAGCAGAACCUAAAACACCAGGGCUCUCUCAGUCCUUAGCACUGUCAUCAGAUGAGAGCCUGGAUAUGAUAGAUGACGAGAUCCUUGAUGAUGGACAGUCUCCCAAACACAGUCAGUGUCAGAAUCGUGCCGUUCAGGAGUGGAGUGUGCAGCAGGUUUCUCACUGGUUAAUGAGCCUAAAUCUGGAGCAGUAUGUAUCUGAAUUCAGUGCUCAGAACAUCACUGGAGAGCAGCUCCUGCAGUUGGAUGGAAAUAAACUUAAGGCUCUUGGAAUGACAGCAUCCCAGGACCGAGCAGUGAUCAAAAAGAAACUCAAGGAAAUGAAGAUGUCUCUAGAGAAGGCUCGAAAGGCCCAAGAGAAAAUGGAAAAACAAAGGGAAAAGCUAAGGAGAAAGGAACAGGAACAAAUGCAAAGGAAGUCCAAAAAGACAGAAAAGAUGACGUCAACUGCAGCUGAGGGUGCUGGUGAGCAGUAACACAUACCCUCUUACAGAUGAUGGAGAUGCUCCAAUAGAAGUCCCCCGAAACUAAAUGAUAGGGGUAAUGCGGCUCUAAGACCCAUGUGUUGAAUAACUGCAUUUUCUGCAGUAGAAUGCAUUCUUAAUUUUAACUACUAAAAUAAUCCUAAGCCACCUUUGGUUUAUUAACAAACCAGAGAUCUCAUUUAAGUAGCUGUGUUUUACUCUUCUCUAACUUACCAACAUCUUAUGUUGUGUUGGGUGUGUUUUGUCACUUGGAGAACUAGUGUGACCCCACCCAACAAGAGCAUGACACACCUUGGUGUUGUUAAUGAAGCGCCGUGAAUUUUGAGUAUGAGAUCCUGAAAUGGCAAUUGCACAUGUCUGCAUGGCAGAGAGCAGCCUGCCAUGAGAUUUGGGACCAGUACUUAUUUCUAGGGCUGCAAAAACUACUCCAAUGUAUGAGAAAAGUUCCUUCUCAAUUCUGAGUCUGGACGGUAAGACUACCCCACUAUGGAAACAUGGGUGCUCUGCUAUGCAGUUACCUACUAAGGGAAAAGGCAAGCAAGCCAUUCUGCUUGCUAGACAUCAAAAAGAAAGAAAAGAAUUAUAGCUAUUUGUCAACCACUGAAAAAAA